AUGGCCUCCUCAGGCCCCCCGCCCAGCAACCGGACCGUCGGUUCUUUCCGGGGUACCCCCUCCUCGCCGAGGUCGGGGGCCAGCGGGCGUUUCCCAUCCAACAGUAACUUUGACCCAGAAGAUAUCACUCAGGAGAAUGGACUUCCAGAAGCAACAAUGCGGGUCUCAAAGAGUAAACAGAAUGUGGUUUUGGAGAGACAUAGACGAAAACGGAUCUCCAGCAGCUGUGAGCAACUUCGAACCCUCCUGCCCAGGUUUGAUGGACGACGAGAAGAUAUGGCCUCCAUCCUGGAGAUGACAGUGAAGUUCUUGGAAUUGACCCACACACUUGUGCCUUUGGAGCAGCAAACCACUAUAUUAGCUCCCUCUGCAGAGAUGUAUUCUAAAUGGCAGAAAAACACGUUGGCUCAAAAUACUAGAAAAAGGAUUCCAGAAGACUUGAAAGACACCAAGACAAGAGACGGCAGAAUGGCUGGGGAAAGGGAACCCUUGGUUAGUGUGUCUACGGCUGUAGAAAACAGUAUGCUGGGGUCGGGAGCAGACAUUUGUUUAGAGACAAUGGAAGAUGCAGCUGUCUCUGACAGAGAUCGGAGGAUCUCUGAUAUCUCAGAGCAUGGAGGGAUUUACCAUGCUCCCCUAGAGCAAUCCAGAUCCUGGUCCUCCUUCAUGCAACAACCAUCUCCCCUUCUGAGCUCAACAUUGCCGAGAUGGUGGCACCAGCCUGAGUGUGUCUUUACGUCUUUUGAGGAAGACUGUUUACCAGCAAGCAUCCUUGAGUCUGAGAACAAACCUUCUGGCAUGCUGAUGAGCCCUAUUCUGAAUAACAGGCUUCUGUCAGAAUAUGAAAUAGAAAAGGAAAUGCCUUUCAUGCCUUGGGCUGAUUCUUUUGAGUGGCUGGGUGAACAAGAUCUAGAAACCAUGGUGUCGACAGGUAGAGACCCUCAGACCAUCUCAACAGCAACCCAGCUAAAACUGGAGGCCAACCACCAGGAAAUAUUCCUUCAGAAGGUUGACCCAGAAUCACAGCCUACUCUAUAUCCUUUGGUGUCAGACUGUUUAGGACCGAGUCCAGGACAGACUCCUCAUGACUAUCAGAAGGAAGUGAAUGAUAUCUUCUUUGAUCUCCCCCUAUAUGAGUUCUAGGUGUGGUCAUGACCAGAGUUUGGAGAUUUACUGUUAAGAGGUUUGGGAAGAUACUUGUGAAAAUGUAGAAACCAAUCACAGGUUUGGCAGUUUAUUUUUUGCCUGGAUUGCAGCUGUGCCCUACUUUGAGAGCUGGGGCAAGUAAAGAUGGAAUAUAAAAGAGGGAAAGUUAUUUUCUUGGAGGGAGCUAAUAGCCCUGUAUAAUUAAUACCUUUCAAAAUGCAAAUCUGAGCCUGCUUUGAAAGCAUAAUCAGUCUGUUCCAAUGAAGUUUGAUGAAACUCAGAUGACUCUGAGUCUGUAUUUCUCUGAUGAAGUCUUUUCUA